GCCUGGGAUGUUCCAUCAGUUGCUUGUUAAUUAUGUUUGUUUCGUGUUGCUGCCAAUGUGUUGGUGCAAGUCGAGAGAGGAUGGUUUAAGAGCUGACCUGUUGUGGUGAUGCAGACCGGAGAGGCAACCGGGGUGACAAAUGCACAGCAAUCUGGAGGCGCAGUGAAGAGGAAACUGACCCAGGGUGAGCAGCCGUUGGCCAAAAAAACCAGAUUUGAAGAUCACUCACCAGAGAGUGAAACCACCAGUAUAUUUGGAGGACUGUGGUCAACGAAACCCAAGGGCCCUAGACGCAAAGGUACCAAAAAGCCACAGUAUGGCUGCAGCCUCUGCCAGAUCCGCACGAACAAAGCGUUCUUCAUCAAGGGCCACUUGGAGAGUGUGUACCACCAACAGUCGCUCUCUUUCCUUGAAGAGGAGUUUGACAAGGAUGUCUCCAAGUUCCUGCAUAAGCUAAUCUGGAGGAAAGCCGACUUUGUUAUGAGGCGGGGAAACGAAUCUAAGUGCGUCCUUGGCAACAGUGACGACAUCUUCACGCGGACUACAAAGCGAGCAGAAAGAGAAGCAAUCGUCCUGGAUGAAGCACUGGAGAUGAGAACAGCAGUGCAGUGUCAUGCCUGCAAUAUGUUUGUGCCGUACACAUUUUCAAUGGUGGCUCAGCACCUUGAAUCUCCGGAGCACCAGCAGAAUAAAUUGGUGUACGUGACUGAAAGGAAGACUGUGGUGGUUGCUGUUGCCAAGAGCAUUCUGGGAAACGAUAACAACUCCGUCCUCCUCAAGCACUUCAAAGAGGGCAAAGAACCCUUUAACAACCCCGAAUAUGAACACCUCUUCAUUUUCUCCGGCCAUGGCAAGAAGCAGAAUCCAGUGGCAGUGGUCAGCGAAGAAACCAGCAAAGAAACAGCCGCUAAAGAUGAUGCAGAAGUCGGGGAGGCAGCAGCGGAGCUGGCUACGCCGCAGAGCUCUGAGCAGACACCCGCUGAUGAGGCAGAGAUGCAAGGCAUUGCACAGGAAGAUGCCGACGAUGAUCUUCUGAAAGAAGACGAGCUCGCAGAGGCUGCGGCUGGGGAGCCCGAGUUGUCGGAGGGUGCCACUGCUGACGGUGUUUCAGGUGAAGAUGUGGCCAAUCCCCCUUUUGACCAUUUGGAAACAGAAACGCAGGAGGCCGAUCUCGGAGAAGAUGGAGUUGUUGUUGACGACGGCGAAGAUGCAGUGAGCUACGGAGACUGCGCCGCCACCGCACCGGCAGCAGAAGAAGAAUCGUUUCUUGGCUCUGUUGGUCAGGGCGAUGCUCAGGAAGGUCAAUACGUAGAUGGUGAGGAGUCGGCGGCGUCUGCUGUCAAGGCAACGCCUGUCCUGGAAGAGGCGGUGUCGCUGCCCGCAGAAACCCUUCCAUUUUUUGAGGAUACCAUGCCGUCCGAUUGGAGCCAGAGCAACGCGAGCGUGGAGAUGCCCAUAGUCAUGGGAGGAGGAACGGCCGCCGUUGUCCGCAAAAGUCCGUACGGGACGCGGAAGGCUGGGAGGGGUCGUGGUGGGGCCAGCAAAUCUAAGGCCACAUAGAGGGCCUUGUUUCAAUGCACAAGUUUAUUUGCAAAAUGUGCAGCCCAAUUAAAUUUCCUUCAAUUUUUGCCGUCAUCGUUUUCAGGUCUUUGGUAUGUAUUACUAAAGUGGGGCCACAUGUUGGAAAUGUUGAUUAAUGCCCGAUACACGUCUCUCACAUCCGGCCAGUGCCCUAAUGACAUCGUCGCAAUGGGUUAAGUGCUCUUGUCACGUCAGCGUGUUAUAUUGUUCAUCAGACCCUGCACGGUCAUUCUCCCUGUGCGAGUGGUAGCGUGGUUUUGUCAUGUAUGUUGAACUUCUUUCACGCCGAACGUAGCUAGCCCUGCUAAUUGGAGGUGUGGGGGAAGGACUACAAACUAAACACACAAAGCAGUUCUGAAGAAAUCAGUUUUCAAUCCAGAUUUUUUUAAAGUGACUAGCAUUCCAGAUGGCCGCAGAAGCGCAUCUGAAAGUGUGCAAUGCAGUCACCAUCUUUGUUCGAUGGUUAGCCGAAAGUCCUUGUGGAUAAUCCUCCGAUUAGCCACGGUUGGCUAACGUUGCAGUGCAAAAGAAGUUCAACUACAUUAAUCAGUGGAAACCUGUGCGUGCUACCGAUUAUUUCACUUCCACUUUUUCACUUAACUCCUAGUUCUUCAAUAGCUACUUUCCUGACAUUUUGUCGGCUAAGUUGGAAACGGUGGACCUGUGUUUAAUAGCAGUAGAUUAAGUGCAUUCAAGAGCAGAUGGAGAUUUUAAUUGUAUUCUGUGAUAUGUUUAAAGAGUAAUGCGGAAUUCAAUUAUCUUCCAUCAUUCAAAGUAUUGAUUUUCAGAGUCGCCCAUAUUUUCCUCCCAUAUCUGAAGAGGCAUUUAACACAUUUAUCACAUUAACCUACAGUGUAAGGGGUAGAAGUUGUUUUAAUAACUACUUGGUAAAAUGAGCUGGUUUUAUCGUAGUAGUUGUUUUUUAAUGUUUUUUUGUUAUUGUAGAUUAGUGCGGGAGGAGGGGUUGGUGCUUUUGAAUGUUUACUAAUUUAGAUGCUUUGCUGUUGUCAUGUGUAGUCACGCCAGGUAGAUUUUGUUUUGCCUCGUGAGAAAUCCAGAGAUAUGGGUGACUUGUAUUUGCGAGAUUGGACCUGGGCUCACGGUAAUUACAAAACAAAUUAACUUGGGCACAGAAAUUAAAUGUCUAAAUGCAACUGUUCACGUGGGAAAUUCAAAGUUGUUGUGUCCAAACGUCAAUGUAUUUACGAAUAAAUUCCUUCGAAUGCAA